UGACGUCAGCGUUAAGGCAUACGUUAAACACAUAGUGCUUGAGAUUUGUUGAGGGAGUAUACCACUGAGUAGUGAGUACCACCGAGCUUCGAUUCAUAGUGGAUUGCGCGAUCAAGUAGUAAUAGUAAUCUUUGUGGCUAUUAAUUUAUUUGAAAACAGUUUCUUGCAGAAGUUGUUCUUUGAAACCUACUACGUCAAAUCAAAGUUAACAGGUGCCAGUGCAUUAAAAAGAUCUGUCAAUUUAUUUCCAGAUCCAAAAUGUUUGUGUGGGAUUGGUUUACUGGAGUCCUGGGAAUGCUGGGAUUAUGGAAGAAGUCUGGGAAAUUGCUUUUCCUCGGACUUGAUAAUGCAGGAAAAACAACUCUUUUACACAUGCUAAAGGAUGAUAGGAUGGCUCAACACGUACCUACUCUUCAUCCUACAUCCGAAGAAUUGUCUAUUGGAAACAUGAGGUUCACAACAUUUGAUUUGGGUGGCCAUACUCAAGCUCGGAGGGUCUGGAAAGAUUAUUUCCCUGCUGUGGAUGCUAUUGUAUUUCUUGUUGAUGCCUUUGACACUCAGCGCUUUCCAGAGAGUAAAACCGAGUUGUGUUCACUCUUAGCUGACGAACAGUUAGGACAUUGCCCUAUCCUCAUUCUCGGCAAUAAGAUUGAUAGGUCUGGCGCUGCUUCUGAAGAUCAGUUGCGUUCUUAUUUCGAAUUACAUAAUACAACGGGAAAGGGGAAAACUCCACGAUCAGAGCUUUCUUCGCGGCCGUUGGAAUUGUUUAUGUGCUCAGUUCUGAAACGUCAAGGCUACGGGGAAGGUUUCCGCUGGUUAGCCCAGUAUAUUGACUAAAAGAAAUUUGUGUUUUUUUUUUUUUUUUUAUAUUUCAAAAGGGCUGUACUCCUUAGGGAUUCUGUAUUUGUCAAAUAAAAUAAAUGAAGCGGCCGCAUUUAAA